UUCUUGCCUGGCUCUAUAUCUUCGGGAUAGGAGUACACAAGUCGCGCCUUUUCCGCCUCUGUCGUCGCCGUUUGCUCUCAAUCCGAGGCCCGCAGGAAGAACUUGGAGCGGUUCUGAUGCGAUGAGGAGGAAGCUUCACACCCGUUUUCCCGCCACCCGAAUAAAGAAAAUUAUGCAAUCGGAUGAAGAUAUCGGGAAGAUUGCACUUGCUGUACCUGUUCUAGUAUCCAAGGCAUUGGAAUUAUUUCUACAAGACCUCUGUGGCAAGACAUAUAGCAUGACUCUCCAUAGAGGAGUUAAGACAAUGAGUUCUUUCCAUUUGAAGCAGUGCGUGCACAAGUUUACCGUGUUUGAUUUCCUAAAAGAUCUAGUGAGCAACGUUCCAGAUGUUGGUGGUUCUGAUGCAGAUCCUGAUGAUAAAGCCAGCAAGAAAAGGAAAGCUGCAGACGAAGACAAUUACAGUGAAGAGGAGACAAAGAGGAGCAACAAUGAAGCCUGUCGCAGCAGCAGCAGCAGCAGCGGCAGCCGCAGCCGAAGGGGCCAAGGGAGGAGGUGUCGUGGAAAAGGGCGUGGUUCUCUUGUCGUCGAUGGAGUCGAGAAGGGCAGUGUUGACUUUAACAGAUACGAAGAUGAUCCUGGCUCUCAACAUGAUGACGAACUCACUCACAGUGAAACUGAUCGAGAUAUGGCAACAGCAUCUGAAGAAAAUUGUGUUACCAGUAGCAGCGUGCGUGCCACUGUUGGGAACUUUGACUUGAACUUGGAUUUCAAUGACAUUGAGGAGAUAGCACCGGCCUCAGCUACAACCGCAGCAGCUAUGGCAACAAUCUUUAAGGUAAAUGGUGAUCUAACAGAUGACUAUCUGGGUUCGUCAAUUUCCAAUAUGGAUAAGAUUACCAUUGAUCCUGUUCAGUUUGCAUUAUCACACCGAGAUUAGAUGAAGAGGAAGAGGAUUAUGAGAUUGUACAAGGAUGACCAUUUUGCGUUUGUCUUUUUGGCUUAUAGGUAAGAUUUACAGUUAGAUCUGACUCCUAGCGUAGUGUUGCCAAA